AUGAGGGAGCGUGUAGCUUUUGUCGUUCGGGUUUCCAUACGUGAUCUUCCUUUCGAUGCUGAUGAUUACAUGAACGAGCAGUUUUUUGUGCCACUUCAUUGCAUCGAGAUCAGUGUAGUUACAAUGUUAUCUAUAGGAGCAUUCAUGGCGGAUGUGGUAAUCGAUAAGAACCAGUCGUUCGAGGCUCUUUUCUUUCGUGCGGUAGUGGUGGCUCCUAUGCUGGGUGCAGUGGAAGAGUUCGUUCGUCAAGACAUCAUUGGAGGAAAUAAUUAG